AUGUGGUUGAUGUCGCUACUUACGGAACAAAGACAACAACAGCAUAAAAGGAUAGCGAUACGCGUAAAGUUCGACCAAGCGGGUGGUUUCCCUAGUGUUCCAAGGGCAAGUACAAGAAAUCAAUCACUCGCGAAUAAAACAGACCGACUACGAGAAAUCAAUACGAACCGAUUUAUCAAACAGAGAGAUAAAAAUCGAAGAGUGCUGAGGUACCGGAUAAUACAUGAGGCCCAUCAUCGAGAUUAUUAA